CGGGGCGUCCCUAGCAACGCGCGCGCUGGUUCCCCGCUCCGCCCAGCGGGAGUCAGUGAGGGCAAGUGCGCCUGCGCGCAGCAGCAACCGCCAGUCAACUCGCUUCCCCGCCCUCCUCCCCCUCCCCCUCCUCCUCUUCCACAGCCGCCCGGAGCGCGAGGCCAACAUGGAGCCUGAGGACCUGCCGUGGCCUGACGAGCUGGAGGAGGAGGAGGAGGAGGAGGAGAAGGAGGAGGACGAGGAGGGGAAGGAAGAGGCGGAGAACGCAUCAGCCGCGGCGACCGAGGAGGCCCGGACCUCUGAGGGGAGUGGGAGACUGGGAGAGCUCGAAGAGGCGGGGUCCCACUUGGAUUUUAACUGCGAGUUCCAGCUGCAGGAAAGCACGGACGAAGAGGAGGACGAGCUGGCUAAAGCCUGGCUGCAGGCUCACCCUGACCCGCCUAGCCGUGCUUUCUCUCCGCCUCCGCCUCCGCCUCCGCCUCCGCCUCCGCCGCUGCCCCCGCGGUACCUGUACAGUCCGGUGGAGCAUCUGGGCAGGACUGAGGUUGUUGCACCGACUUGCCAUGUAUGGCAACAGUCAUCAUAUCAAGAUAAUUUUAGAGCCCAGUUUUCCAACUCCAGUACAAUGUUAUUGGAAACAGCAGGCCAGUGGGGCUCUGAGGAGGAUCAGAGAGCAGAGUCUUGGCAUUGUCUUCCUCAAGAAAGCGAUUCUUCUCAAACCUUGGAUAUGUCCCAGACUGGGAUUGGCAGAGUAGAAGCAAAAGAAGUAACAGACUUACCCUCUGAGGAGGGAGGUGAAUUGGCUCAGUCACAGUGUCCAGUAAAGGAACCAAAGCUGAAUCGCUUGUGUUCUCCAUUGCUAGUGAUAAAGGAUAACUUUGCUGUUCCUGAUUUGCCUUUGCUGACGUGUUUAAUACAAGACCAAGAGGCUGAGCCUGAUUCCUUGUUUCAACAAAGUGAACUAGAAUUUGCACCUUUGAGAGGGAUUCCUGAUAAGUCUGAAGAUACUGAAUGGCUUGCUCGCCCGUCAGAAGUUAGUGAAGCUUUAAUCCAGGCCACCUCAGAAACAUCUUCAGACUUAGUUAACAGCUGCGUUAGUAUAUCUCAGCAUCCACUCACAGGUAGCACAACUUUUGGGUCUCAGCGUUCUCUUUUCAUGUUUGAACAAGAGAGUGAUAGAGAAACUGUACUAUCUAAUGCUCCUGAUGAACUGAAAAGCCCAAAUGACUCUGAUCAUGAUGCCCUGCAUUCAUAUAUGUCAUGGCCAACAGAAAAGGACACUCAGCAGCCAGAAGGCAACUUGGCUGAUAAAGACCAAGUUUCCACCUCAACUUUAUCUGAUAUUAGUGAUGAAAGUAUAGCUGCUAACAGAAACAACAGUUUUGGUGUAUCUUGUUCAUAUAAUCAGUAUUGGAACCAGGAAGCCUUACAACAAACUGAAGCAUGUCUAGCCAGUAAGGACCAUGCUUCCUUGUCAUGUGAAAUUGCUCCUUUUCCUAAUAAAAUGCCAUACUCUUUCCUGCAAUGCAUGUUAAAAAGAGGAAAAGGGGCUCCCUUGACCUCUGAUACUCAUCUUGAGAAUGUUUGUUUAAGAGCUCCAGCAGAAGAUGAGAUGAGUCAAAAGAAUGAUUCUUUGAAGGGUUAUGAAGGAAUUGAAGAUCUGCAGAAAGAAUUAUCUCAAUUUUUUAAGCAAAAGGAGACUAGAAAUACUUCAGCAUCUUCUCAGGUGCAUGCCAAAUACCCAGAGAUAAAGUAUAUUGGGACUGUUGCCGUCCCUGAUAGUCAAAAACAAGUUGCAGAUGCACAUAUACUCUACAGAGGAUUUGAUAUCUCUGGUUGUCCUCUUCAGACAGUCAAAUUCAACUUGGAUGAGACAUCAGAACAACUCUGUUUUCAAGAGGAAAGAAACCAAAAGGCAGCUUCCACUUUUGGUGAGAAAAAUGUUGAUGCUACUGAAAAUGUAGCCUUUGAGGCAAUUAUUGCCUCAAUUGAGUCUUCUAAUCAAGGGAGUCUUAUAAGUGAGACCCAAACUGACAACACUGAACUGUUAGCAGAUGACAGUGAAGAGAAAGAACCCCUAAAACCAGAUCUUUCCCCAUUAAAUUGUAAGGACGAAAUCUCUUUCAUCGAUAAGCUUAAGCAUCUAAAAUACCAGUCUACUCCUGGGGUGUUUGAACCAGCAGAAUCAAAACCAUUGUUGUGUAAAGAAGAUGAUGCUAGCUCCCUAUGUCUGUAUCCAGAUUUAAGAUUACCCUUUAAUGCUUCCCAGAACGUGCUCAGUAAGCCAGUUUCUGUCAUCCUAGCGCUUAAGUCAUCUUUAAGUGAAAAAGCUUACAACCAGGCUUUUGGUCUUGAGGAAACACAGUCACCUUCAUUUCAAUAUGGUAUAAACAAUCUUGACCUUACAGAGAAGGUAGGAUCUUCAAACAUUAGUUUUGCAAUGAAAGUAUCAACUUCAGAAUCUUGGGUUUUACAAGAUUUAAAGCAGCAGACCAUUGAAGAAGUUGCAGAUUCCUCAGACUAUAAUUUGGAGGGCCUGCAGGGGAAGGUUGAAUCUGGCAUCCUUACUCUGUGUGGUGAUGCUAAGUACUCCAGCCUAUAUGAAAAUGCUGGUGCACACAGUGAAAGAAUUGCUGAAUUGCAAAGAGAGGUCGACUGCUCUAAUCUGGGCAUUAGCCAGGCUUCUCCAUCUUCAUUGCCUUCAUUUGUUCCUCAGGAACCAACUAGUGAGUCAGAAUAUCAUUCCUCCAAUCUCAGAAUGUUGAGAGUAUCUCCUGCCACUCUGCUAACAAUGCAUACACAUUCAACAGGAUCUGUUGACCAGAAGAUUGGAGCUUCUGCUUACUCACAGGGAAUAAAGCCUGAAGAGUUGCCAGAUAGGCAUCUUACUGAAGAGAUUCGGAAAGUGUCACCUGCUUCUAAGACAGCUGACCAGAAGCCUGAGGUGCUACCAAUACAGUCUAGUCCUUACUCUAGAGGAAUGAAAUCUAUUUUCUAUCAACAUCCUGUGUCACACAGUCAUCAGGGCAAAGAGCCUCCAAAUGUUUCAGCUGUUUGUGGUUCAGCUGGGAAUAAAGCUUUCUACCAGCAAACAUUAUCAAACAGUCUUCCAGCUGAAGAAACAUUGCCAGUUUCUAUUAUUCCUGGCCUAGGUGACCAGAAGACUCCUUUACCAUCAGAAUUCUCUCUUUCCUAUUCUCCUAGCGGAAAGAACCUGCCUAAAGAUGUUGUGAAUGUUUUCAUUGAUUCUGGAUCUGCUGACAAGAAGGCUGACAUUCCAGCUAUGUCCUCUAGUACCUACCAGCACAAAAGGAAACCUGGUAUUAUUUACCACCAAGAAUUGCCAGACAGUCAUGUACCUAUAGGGACUAGAAAGGUUGCAUUUGAAUCUGGACCACCUGACCAGAACACUGGGGCACCAACAGUAUCUCCUACUUCCUACUUCCCUGGAGAAGAGUCCAUUAUUUUUUACCAAGCUGGCUUUCCAGGUAAUAAUCUGUCUGCAAUGUCUUUCAAAGUUCCACGGAUUUCUGGAUCAACUGAACAGACUAACAUAACAACAGGGCCAUCAGGUUCCUACUCAGUUGGAGAGAAGUCCAUUAUUUUCUACCAUCAGGCCUUACCAGAUGGUCAUCUUCCUAAAGAAGCUUCACCUGCACCAGCUGACCCAAAGACUAGAGAGCUACCAGUAUAUUCGGCUUCCUGUUCUGUUGGAGUAAAGCCCAUUAUUUUUUACCAGCAGCCUCUGUUGGCUGGUCAGCUAACUAAAGGUCACAAAGAAUCAGUUGUUCCUGGACCAACUGACCAGAAGGCUGGCAUACCAACAGUGUCUUCUACUUCCCAAUCAUAUAUAGAGAGGCGUACUGUUUCUUAUCAGCAAGAGUUUCCAGAUCUUAGUGAAAAAGCUUUGAAAGUUCCAGGUGGUGUUGGAUCCAUUGAACAGAAAACUCAAAUACCAGUAGUGUCUUCUGCUUUCUUAUACAGAGAGGGGCCUAGUGCUUACCAGGAGGAUUUGCCAGAUCUUACUGAUGAUGCUUUGCAAAUUUUAGGUGUUCCUGAAGAAAUUCCUUCUGUCUUUUACCAGAAGAAGUUACCAGAUGGUACUGAAGUAUCUUUGAAAUCAGUAGGCUCUGGCUGUACUGAUCAGAAGACUAGGGCACAGAUAGUCUCCUCCUCAAAUAGAGAGAAGUCCAGUGGUUUUCAUCAGGAGGAAUUGCCAAAUACUGGUAGGCAUGCAUUAGGUGCUUUUCAUCCUGAACCAGUUGUCCAGAAGGUCGGGAAACCAACAGGACCUUCAAGUUACUAUCCACAGGGAGAGGCCAGUGCUUUGUCUCCACAGGAAUUGCCUGCCGGCCAUCUCACAGGAGAGACUCUGAAGGUGUCAGAUGGUUCUGCACUUGCAGCACAGAUGUCUGGGAUACCAGCAGGACCUUCCAGUUCCUACUUCCAUAAAGAAAAGCCCAGUGAUUAUCAAAAGGCCUCACCAGAUCGUGAUCUAACUGAAAAUUCUUUGAAGGUUUCAACUGUUCCUGGACUGUCUGAUCAGAAAAAGAGACCUGCAGUCUCAUCUGGUUCCUCCCCACACAAAGAAAAACAGAAGAUUUCAGCUGCAGAUUUGCUGGAUGGCCAGACGGCCGAGUUGCCAACAGUUACUCAGAGGUCCUGUUUACAUAGAGAUCCUGCAGUUUCAACUGUGAUCAAACCAGAUGACCAAAAGAUUCCAUUACCAACAACUUUUCAUGGCUCCUGUGCUCAAAAAGUAAAACCUGUUAUUUUCGUUCAAAAACAGUUACAAAAUAGAGAUCAAAGUGAAGAUAUUCCGAAGAUUUCAACUGAUUCCAAGCCAACUGUUGUAAAUGCAGUUGUAUCAGGACUCCUGUCUGGUUCUUAUUCACACAGAGAGAAGUCAGAUUCAUCUUACCCACAGGAACUGCCAGAUAGACAUCUAACUGAAGUUGAUCUGAGGGUUUCAAGCAGUCUUGGUCAAGUUGACCAGAUUUCUGGGCUACCUACAGUUAUUCCUGGUACUUAUUCACACAGUGAAAAGCACCAGCUUGUCUCAGAACAUGUCCAAGAGCUGAUGGAUAAUUUGAAUUCUUCUGAGUCUUGUCUCAGUGUGGAUAGUAUGCCUUUAAAUUCACAAAUUGAUGAUGGAGUUACUUUAUCUAAGCCAGAAUCUUUAGGUUUUGCCAAUGUUGGCUGUGAGAAAAUCCAGGAUAUAGAUCAUGGUUCCAAAACUCUUAAAGAAAUUCAGACUCUCUUAAUGGAAGCAGAAAAUAUGGCACUGAAACGAUGCAAUUUCUCUGUUCCCUUAGUCCCUUUCAGAGAUGUUAACGAUGUUUCAUUUAUACAAUCAAAGAAGGUAGUUUGCUUCAAAGAAUCCUCCACAGCUGAUGGUUGUAUCCAGAGGGAGUCAUUUGUAGAAGAAGUCCCACACAUUGAAUGUGUACAGAAGGACAUUGGCACACAGACGAACCUUAAGUACCAGAGGGGUGUUGGAAAUUGGGAAUUUAUUAGUUCAACUACCUUUAGAAGUCCUCUACAGGAAGCAGAAGGCAAAGCUAGAGUGGCAUUUGAUGAAACUUUCAGGCAAUAUAAAGCUGCCAGGUCUGAACCUGAAGGCUGCAAUACAGGCAUUGGGAAUAAAAUUAUUAUCCCUAUGAUGACAAUCAUAAAGAGUGACUCGAGUAGUGAUGUAAGUGAUGGUUGCUGCUCAUGGGACAAUAAUUUACCAGAGUCUUUGGAAUCUGUUUCUGAUGUUUUUCUAAACUUCUUUCCAUAUACUUCACCCAAGACAAGCAUAACAGAUAGCCGAGAAGAGGCGGGGUUGUCAGAGAGUGAGGAUGGCUAUGGGAGUGCAGAUUCCUUGGCUGCACAUGUGAAGUGCCUUCUGCAGUGUGAAUCCUCACUGAAUCAAGCCAAACAGAUACUUAAAAAUGCAGAGGAAGAGGAAUAUCGGGUCCGAACCCAAGCCUGGAAUCUAAAGUUUAAUUUAGGACGUGACUAUGGAUACUCCAUUUCAGAACUAAAUGAAGAUGACAGGAGGAAAGUAGAAGAGAUAAAAGCAAAGUUGUUUGGUCAUGGAAGAGCAACUCACAUGUCUGAGGGCUUACGGAGUCCACGAGGAAUAGGAUGUUUGCCCGAAGCUGUAUGUAGUCACAUUAUUAUUGAGAGCCAUGAGAAAGGAUGUUACAGGACUCUUACUGCUGAACAACCACGACCAGACAGCUGCCAUUGUGUUUUUCGGUCUGUUGAACCUUCAGACUUGAUUAGAGGACGUCGGAGCCCAUCAUCAUGGAGAGGCAGGCACAUCAACCUUUCCAGAUCGAUAGAUCAGAGCAGUUCCCAUUUCAAAGUAGGGAAUUCUUUUCAGUUACAGAGUCAGCCCCCAUUUCAAAAACUUGUACCCGAUGACAUCAAAAUUAGCAAGGGUGUUGGAAUGCCAUUCCAUGCAUACCUGGAUCCCCAGCCAUCAGAAUUAGUAGAACCUACUUGUAUUCCAGCUAAAGAAAUGGAUUUUCCAUCCACAUCUCAAAUACUGCCCCCUGAACCCAAGAAGCAGUUCCCUACUUCCAUCACUUUUUCUUUUCACGAACACUCUAAGUGCAUUUCUGAUUCCUCUGGUUCUAAGGUUGGUGUUACUGCAGGUAGUCAGUGUACUGGACCAUCUUUAGGGGUGUUUAAGCCUCAUAUCCCUGAAGAGCAGAUUUCUCCAAGAGAUCUUAGACAGAAGACCUCUUCCCAUUCAUCACUUGAAAGGCAUAGUUCUACACCAGUGACUAUUUUAGCUGAUAGUAGUAGACAAAGGCAAAAAUUGCCUGUUGAUUUUGAGCAUUCUCAUGAAAAAGGAAAACUCUUACAAAGAUCGGGUUUUGAAGUCAGCCAUUCUGAACCCAAUGUCAGUACAAAUGUUAGCAAUUUCAAGGGAGUUCAAUUUUCUGGUAAGGAUACCAUUGUUAACCAGGACAAACUAACUUCUGCAGUAGAGGUAAAAGAGAAAAAUGUAAUUGUAACUCCUCAUCUUCCUUCUUGCAUUUUUCUUGAACGGCUAAAACUAUCUGAACAAAGCAAAGCCCCACCUGUAGAUCAUGAAAUAAGAGAAGACCACUCUUUGUUUUCUAAGUGCCAGGAUUAUAUAGUUACAGACCUUUCUCCCGAUUUUCCUGAUCAGCAGCAAUGCAAACCUCCAGAUGUAGAUGGCCACACGAGAAAACAACACUGUCUUAUUUCUCAAGUUCAGGAUUGUGGGGUAGAAGAGGUUCAGCAUAUACCUCAAUCAAACUUUUCUAAUGUGGUAAAUGUUGAAGCCAAGGUCAGUGAUAUGGUCUCCCAGUCAGCCCCUGACCACUGCACAGCUGCAUCUACUCCACCUUCAAAUAGAAAAGCACUUUCAUGUGUUCGUAUAAUUCUUUGUCCCAAGACUCCUUCCAAGUUGGAUAGUGGAACCUUAGAUAAAAGGUUUCAUUCAUUGGAUCCUGCUUCUAAAACGAGGAUUAAUAGUGAGUUUAACUCUGAUCUGCGAAUUAUAUCUUCAAGGUCAUUGGAACCAACCUCCAAAUUACUGACCUGUAAACCAGUAGCACAGGAUCAAGAGUCUUUAGUUUUUCUAGGACCUAAAUCUGCACUGGACUUGCAAGUUGCACAGUCUUCUCUUCCAGAUAGUAAGACUAUUUUUCAGGACUUGAAAACCACACCUCCUCAGAAUAGCCAGAUAGUAACCUCAAGGCAAACACAAGUGAAAAUUUCAAAUUUGGAAGAAUAUUCCAAACCAGAGGGGACUACAGUAUCUGCAGAUGGUUCACAAGAACAGAGUAAGGUUUCCUUUACUACAUCCUCUGGAAAGUUAUUAUCAUCUGAUGCCAUCACUCAGAUAACAACAGAAAGUCCAGAAAAGACUACAUUUUCAUCUGAAAUUUUUAUUAAUGCUGAUGAUUAUGGAAAGGACAUUGUAGACCCCAUGGCCCAAAAGCCACCCAGGUUUGCCUCGUCAUCCUCAGUGCGGCAAAUCACAGCUUCUCAUGGCAAAGACGCCCAGCCUGUGCUGUUGCCAUAUAAGCCAUCUGGUAGUUCGAAGAUGUAUUAUGUUCCACUGGUAAAAAGAAUUCCUUCAUAUCUGGAUUCCAAAUCUGAUACCACUGUUGAGAGCUCACACUCAGGCUCCAAUGAUGCUAUUGCCCCAGACUUUCCACCUCAAGUGCUAGGGACAAGAGACGAUGACCUGUCCUCCGCUGUAAACAUUAAGCACAAAGAAGGGAUCUAUAGCAAGAGGGCCGCAACAAAGGGGAAAAAACCCUCUCAGAAAGAGGCCCCAGUUCCAAUGCCUACAACUUGGGAUGAGAAUGUCUUGGAUGAAAACCAAGAAGAGAUCAUCAGUAGAAGAGUUGUGAUCAAGAUGGCAGGACCUGAAGAAAUGCCAUCCCUGGAGAAGGACCUUGCAGGUUCCAGUGAUAUCACUGUACAAGACAGAAAAACUGAAAAUCUGCCAGACAGUAAAUCCAUUAAACAGAAGGAAGGAUCCUUAGAGAUAGAAUCGGAAUGUCACUCUGCAUUUGAAAACACUACUCACUCCGUCUUUAGAUCAGCCGAAUUUUACUUCCAUCAUCCAGUGCACCUGCCCCAUGAGCAAGACUUCUGCCAUGAAUCUUUGGGAAGGAGUGUUUUCAUGCAACAUUCUUGGAAGGAUUUUUUUCACCAUCAUUCAGGACAUAGCUGCCUUCCUCCCCCUGGCCGAAGUUCGGACAAGUUAGACAAGACCAAGAUGGAUUACAGCAGAAUUAAGAGCCUCAGCAUCAAUUUGAAUUUAGGAGACCAAGAGAAAUUACAUACAGUCAAGAAUCAGGCCAGAGACUCAAAAGGCAAAAGUCAAACAAAUGACAAAAAAAAGGAUCAGGAGGUCACCCAGGAGCUAACAACUGAGUGCCCUGUGAGUUUGAAUGAACUCUGGAACAGGUACCAGGAGCGACAAAAGGAGCAGAAACCGUCUGGUGCUUGUGAUAAGGAAGACCUCUCUUUGGUGGAACGACUUGAUCGCUUGGCUAAACUGCUUCAGAAUCCCAUCACACAUUCACUCCAGGCCUCAGAAAGUACACAAGAUGAUAGCAGGGGGGGACAUGGAGCCAGGGGGUGGACUGGGAGGAGGCAACAUCAACAGAAAGGCAAGCAGCAGAGGAAGUGGAGUAAGAGCCUAGAGAGGGGCCAGAGUACAGGUGACUUUAGGAAAAGCAAAGUGUUUUCUCCUCUUCAUGGUGGGAAAUCCAGUCAGUUUAAGAUUGAGCAGAUUAAAUUAGAUAAAUACAUCCUGAGAAAAGAGCCAGAUAUUAAUAAUGUCAGCAAUACCUCCCUGGAUUCUCGACCCUCAGAGGAAAGUGAGCUCCUCACAGAUAGUCCCAACAUUUUUUCCAGCACUGAUUCUCCUGUGGACUCGGAUGUAUUGACCCAAACUGAUAGGGACAUGCCUUUAAAUGAGAGGAGUAGCUCCAUAUCCACCAUUGACACAGUCCGGUUGAUCCAGGCUUUUGGCCACGAUAGACUGUGUUUGUCACCCAGGCGAAUUAAAUUAUACAGUAGUGUCACUAGUCAACGGAGGAGAUAUCUGGAGAAGCCAUGCAAGCACAACAGGAAAGCAUUGAAUACAGCCUGUCCCCAAAUGACUUCUGAGCACACCAGAAGGAGGCACAUCCAGGAGGCAAACCAUAUGAUUUCUUCUGACUCCAUUUCAUCUGCUGGCAGCUUGUUGAGCUCGGACUCCACUCUUUCCAGUAAGGAAAAUGUACACAUGGUGAGCAAGGGUGUACAAACUGGUAACUUGGAGAUUGUGACUGGUGUCAAAAAAUACACUCAGGAUAUUGGGGUGACUUUUCCAACUCCCAGUUCUAGUGAGGCCAGAUUGGAAGAGGACAGUGAUGGGACUUCUUUGUCAGAAAAAGCCAAAGAGAAAAAGGUUAUUUCCAAUUAUCUACGGGCCAAGAGCUUAAGGAAGAACAAGCCAAAUCCCAGUGAAGGAGUCUCAUGGUUUAUUCCUGUGGAAAAUGGAAAGUCUGGAUCUAAGAAGGAAAACCUGCCCAAGAUUUACAGACCUGGUAUCUCCUGGUUUGAACCAGUAACCAAAACCAAACCCUGGAGGGAGCCACUAAGGGAACAAAAUUGGCAGGCACAAUACAUGAGCAGUCGUUGGUCCCUGGGAGGCCCAGGCAGGGAGAAUGGCCUGGUUUCUCUUCGGCCGUUUGUGAGAGCAACCCUGCAGGAAUCACUGCAGCUUCACAGACCUGAUUUCAUCUCCCGCUCUGGGGAGCGGAUAAAGCGUCUGAAGUUACUGGUCCAGGAGAGGAAGCUACAGAACCUGUUCCAGAAUGAGCGGGAGGCUCUGUUCAACACUGUGAGGCCCCUGCCCAGGAGAGUCCUCCUGGCUGUCCAGAAGAAGAAGCCUAUUGGAAAGAAGGAAAUGAUUCAGAGGACCAGACGGAUUUAUGAGCAGCUCCCAGAAGUGAAGAAGAAGAGAGAAGAGGAGAAGAGAAAAUCAGAAUAUAAAUCCUACCGGCUGCGAGCUCAGCACUAUAAAAUGAAAGUGACCAAUCAUCUCCUGGGGAGAAAAGUGCCUUGGGACUGACAUAAGACUACUUUCUUCAGAGCCUAGGAAUAUUUUUUUAUGAGCCCAAAGAGGCUAAUUUAUACUUUAAUGAGUGUGAUUUAAUAAAGCGUUGUCUUUGUCUAUGUG